CGUCAAUGCCAGUUCCAGCAGAAUGACGCGCGCCGGUCCACCUCCCGCAAGCUUAAACCAGUCACACUUAGCUCAUCGCCGAGUUCGGUCACCACGUCGUCGUCGUCGUCGCCGCGCUAACGUCUUCUAACGUCUGCUUCUAACGCCUGACACCCGGAAGCGUUGUCCCAAAGUCACGAUGGCCUGCCGGGACGAGUUUGAGGAGCUGCUGUUUUACGUGGUCGAGUUGAAGGACAAGUUGAACGCUAAGUUGGACGAGCAGUGCGCCAAAAUCAAUCAGCAGGCGGCGAUCGUCAACCAGCAGGGCCAGAUCAUCGACGAGCUGUGCUGGCAGCUGCGGGAGCUGAGCGAGAAGACCCGUGAGUUGAGGGCGGAGAACCGGGUGCUGCGGGGACGGGUUGACGCGUUCGGGAGUGGCCACUGCCAGUGCCAGGAGGGGGACGCCGGAACGUACCAGAAUCACGUCGUCGAGCGGUACAAUGAGUUGGUUGAGGGUGGAGGGGGGCGGAAGAUCGGCAAGGUGAAACCCGAGCCGAAGGUCGUCGAGUACGCGCAGGUUGACAAGGUCACGCCAAGAAGGUGGCCCUUCGGUGGCAACAAUCAAAAGAGCACCACCCUCAACGUCUCGGAGCCGGAACUGAACGCGACCACCAGCGGCAACACGACCUGGUACCUGGACGUGGAAAGCAUCUACGAGCCGAUCCAACUCUCGGCAAAGCCCAGCACGGCGGCCAAACUGGAGCAAAUUUCGGCGCAAGUGUCGACCAGCCUGGUGGUAGUUCCGAAGCCGGCCCCCAGGCGGCUCUACCCGACGAAGGCGAUGGAGAAUUUGGCCGAGUAUUUCGGCGAGAUUGGAAGUCGCAAUACGGUCACGUUGGGCGAUUCCGUCGCGGAUGCGGUGCUGUUGAGGGAGGAGGGCAGGUUCGGUGGGAGGUUUGGGGCGUUGGAGGAGAGAACGGAGCGGCAGCUGGAGGAUGGCAAGGUGGUGGCGUGCAGUCGGUUGGAGAACUUGGACAAAAUCAGCCUGCCCAGCGAGCAGUACCUCACGGCGGACAAUUUGGUACGAUUCUCGUUCAACAGUCGACCGGCGACGAUGGCUCCGACCGCCGCCGACAAAUCCACCGUAGACCAUCGUCGACACGCCAUUCGGUCCUACAUUUGAUGCCAUUUUCGGUUAAGUGUUAAUUUGUAAGUGAUUAUUAGAUUUAAAUUGAGUUUUUUUUUUUAUGAAACAAUUAUCGAAAUAUGUACCUGCUGCUAAGCAUAUCACCAAAUAAAAUAGUCAUUUUAUUGCAA